GCACUCUCGCCCCACCAAUCAAGUGUAUUUAAUUUUGACAGUUUGCUGUGUUGUCAAAUAACCUAAAUGUGUGUUUUUGAAAACUCUAAAACGUCAUUAUGUCAUUUUCGGGAUUUAGCGAAGAUGAUAUCCGGAAAUUAACAAAAGCUCCAGACGUUAAUAAGCCACAGAAAGGUUCCCAUAAAACUGCAUCAAAGAAAGUAACUUUUAAACCUAACACAACGCGAACUAAAACAAUUCUCAAUAAUAUUACUAAUAACUUGCCUCAAGAAUUACCCGAAAAUGCCAAACUAAGUGUACAAAAUAAUGUAAAUAGUGCAAUAAAACCGGAAACGCAGGAUGCAAAUCCACAGAAUGAAAUUUCAGAAGAGUAUGCGAAAAGUGAGAGAAAGUUCAAGGAUUUGGACGAGUUCGAAGCGCGACAAAAACUCAUCGAGGAACAAAACCGGAAACGCAAAGAGCUUUUAGCCAAAGCUCUAGCCGACAGGACACGCCAGACUCAGGAAGAAGCGCAGAGGCUGAACGAGAUCCAGGAAGAGUUUAAAAAAUUGGACGAUUUGUUAUCGUGCGACGUGAAAAUACUGCGUAAGCAGAUUGAAGCUGCCAGUGUUGAAUACAUGGAGUGCCAGAAAAAAUAUAACAGAAUCGAGAAGGAAUUUCUAGACGCUAAACUGCUCUUGCAUCAGAAACAAGAGAAGAAGGAAAUGUUGACCGAACAUUUGUGUACAAUUAUCGAGAAAAAUGAGGAAAGGAAAGCGGAGAAGUUGAAUGAGUUGUUGAGUAAGUUGCAGUUAAGGACGCCAGAGGAAAAUGUGGUGCAAAAUGGCAAUUGAUUUAGAACUAAGUGACUAAUAUUUUUGUAAUAAAUUACCUAAAUUAAAUUCAGCUUUAUUUUUAUUAAAAA